AUGGGUGCACUGGAGAAGGCGACGCCGCGAGUUGAUGAGACCCCGCAAGAGGAGACACUUGUCGCCGCGCUGGAGAAGGCGACACCCGAGCGCGCCACAGCGCCCAAGAAUCCGAUCCACUGCGGGCUCAUUGUCGGACGGCCGCACCAAACUGAGCGCUUGGAAGUGCGGUAUGCCUCGCCAGACAGCUGGGAGCGCUUCGACGUGCGACUCGUCCUGAAGGACCCGACCAAAGGGUGCUUCGACCCAGCCGAGCCGGGCACCGACGCUGGGCGCGACUGGCUCGAAGUGGUCCUGCGGCCGGCUGGCGGCGGCGAGUGGCGGCUGCGCUUGCCCGCCUACGCCGCGCACCUCGUUGAUCCCACCACGCUGUACGAGAUCGAAGACGUCGGCUCCGACGCGCUGAGCACCUUUUGGAGCGACGGCACUUGGUCGGGUUCGCUAGUGUGGGACGCGGCCGUGCAUGUGACGGAGGAGAUGCUCGGGACGGAGCUGGGCGAGAGGAUGCGCGGCACGAGUGUCCUCGAGCUAGCCUGCGGCCUCGGCUUGCCGGGGCUGACGGCGCAUUGCCUCGGCGCCUCUCGCGUUGUCCUCAGCGACCGCGGCCAAGUCGUCGGCCUGGUGGAGGAGGGGCUGCGCGCCAACAGGGCUGCGCUCUCGGGAGGCGGACGGCCGGUGCCCGUAGCGGCGGUCCUCGACUGGGGAUCGGCCGCCGCUCGCGAGUUGCUGCAGCAGCGGCUCGGCGGCAGCCAACCCGACUGGAUCAUCGCGUGCGACUGCAUCUUCGAGUCGCUCUUCGGCUCCACCGACGGCGUCACGUCGAUCUUCCUGCUCCUCCGCGUGCUCGAGCUCCUGUGCUCGCCCACGACUCGUGUGCUCGUGGGACUGGAGCGGCGCACGGGAGACGGUGCCGAGAAGUUCCUCGCCGCCGCCGAGGGCGCGGGAUUCGUGGCGUCGCUUCGCCGGCGUCACGGGCGCGUCGUGAUUUUCGAGAUGGGGCGGGCCCGCAUGCCCCGUGCGCAUGCCGACGGGGCGACAUAG